GUCAAGGCACAUUAGUCACACUCUAAAAAAUAAGUUUCUAGAGUCCAGUCCACCAUGGAUGUACGGGCAGGAAUUUUUCUCUACUGGCUUCACAUUAUUUGCGCAGGCGUGUUUGCUGAUGUUUGGAAGGUACGUGUAGAGUCUGAAAUGAAGGCUCUGGUCUCAUCUUGUGUCGUGUUGCCCUGUUCAUUCAAAUACCCUGUUCAAGAACAGCCCUCUGAUCGUAUAAGAGCUAUAUGGCACAUGAAGGGCAACAGGGAUGAUAUUAUUUUUCACAAAGACUCUACAAGGGUAAAAGACAGUUUCAAGGGUCGUACAAAACUGAUUGGUUCACUGGGUGGUUUCAACUGCUCCUUGGAGAUUGAUAAGGUCAAAAACCAUGACAACGGCCCGUAUUGUUUCAGGGUGGAAUUAGAAACAUCUCAAAAAGACAAGUACUCCUUUGUGGAAAACUGUGUGUCGAUUAAAAUGAUUGAGCAAGCAUCAAAACCAGAGCUGCAGGCUGAGCAGUCUGUGCAGGAGGGUGAACCUGCAGUCUUCAAGUGCUCUGUCCGGCACACCUGUCCGUCCUACCAGCCCACUCUCACCUGGAGCCACGCUGGAAAAGCCGUCAUGAGCUACAAGGACAUUAGUCAUGGAAACUGGGAAGCAGAGUCUGUCCUGACCUUCAUCCCUCAAAAAGAGGAUGAUCACUCCUCUAUCACAUGCACAGUCAAGCACCACGGGAAUGUCGAGGGCGAAAUGACAGCGACUCACCUUAUCUUUGUGAAAGAACGCGCAACUCUCAGUCACAUCCUCAUUCCAUCCAUCUCUGGUCUUGGAGCUGCUCUUUUAGUUGGAUUACUGUGUUUCUUCAUUGUCAAGAGAUACAAGAAGCGCAUUGCAGAUCUCCAAUCCAGAAAUGACAAUGGAGUGUGGAGUCGACUAUCAAGACUGUCUCGCAGGUUUCGUUCAGAUGAUGGCAGCAGUGGUCCUGGUGGCAGAGAGCAGAGGAGGUCUAUUUGGAGUAGAUUUUCAAGGAGAGGUCAAGGGCAUCAAAUUGACAGGGAUUUUAACAAGGCAAACAACGUAUGUACAGUGUCAGGGAACAAGCCUUUCUCCAAAGCUCGAAUGCCAUCACCAAAGAGUGAGGCCAAAUCACAUUCUGGUCACAGUUACGAUGAUGAUUACACCAACACAGUAGACGUCAACUUGUAUGGAAAUAUCUGAUGAAAAUGCCUCAUUUU